ACAAAUUUGCUUCAAUGGAUGGAGGUUUCAGUCUCAGAACCUGAGAAACGGACAACAACAUCCAUGAAAGUCCAGGACACCUACAUCGUUUAUCUGAUAGAGACAAGGAUAACAGAAGUGAAGCUUAAAUGUUUUGGGGAUGGAACAACAUCACUUUGGAGAAGAUACAGUGAAUUUGAGCUGCUGCGUAAUUAUCUGGACAUCACAUACCCUGCUGUUGUAGUACCACCAUUACCAGAGAAAAAGGUUACCUAUGUAUGGCAGAAUUCGGCGACUGACAAGUUUGACCCGGACUUUGUUGAUAGGCGCAGAGCAGCAUUAGAGAUAUUCCUGUUAAGAGUAGCUGCUCAUCCCAUCCUGUCUCAAGAUAAGGUCUUCAUUGGAUUUCUACAGCAGGAGGAAGGAUGGAAGGACUUGGUGUAUAAUACAGAUUUCCAAAGCAAGGCUGAUUCCAAAUUGAAAAGUCUGAGUGCAUCAUUUCGUCUGAAGAAACCAGACAGAAGAUUCGAGGAGCUGAAAAAUUACAGCAAUGAGCUUGAAAAUAACAUUUCCAAUCUACUGAAGAUACGUGCUAGAAUGGCUGACAAGAUUUAUGGGAUACACAAGGUGCAUGCUAACUACAGCCGUGUGUUUUGUGAGUGGAGUAGUAUAGAGAAGGACAUGGCAGAGCCACUACAGAGUGCAGGGCACUACAUGAAUGUGUUCAGCCAAUCUGUGGACAGUGCUUUAGAGGAUGAGGAGCAGUAUGCUGAUCAACUUAAGGAAUACCUGGCCUUUGGGGAUGCCCUCAGGUAG